UCACUAAACCACCCACUAAAAAGUUAACCGUCAUCGAAUUUAGGUUCAAACAACUUCGCCAAACCCAAAACCCUACAAUCUUCAGCGAAACCCUAGAAACGCUCUCUCCCGCUUCGUCUCUCUGCGUUUCAAGUUCUUGCUCAUCAAUGGCGACGCCCUCGUUGGACGAACAAACAUCUAAGAAAGUCAUUAGACAAGUUGAGUUCUACUUCAGCGACAGCAACCUUCCCACCGAUAAUUUCAUGCGGAAAACUGUAUCUGAAAGCGAAGAUGGCAUGGUUAGUUUGGCGUUGCUUUGUUCAUUCAAUAGAAUGAGAAAGCACCUUAAUCUUGGUGAUGUGAAGGCUGAUGAGAUUUCGAAAGACACUGUUGCUGCUGUUGCUCAAGCUUUGAGAAGUUCUUCAUCUCUCAAGGUCUCUGAAGAUGGGGAAAAAGUUGGUAGGACAAAAGAACUUCCAAAACCAGAGGAGGUUAUUGAGCAGGUGGAGGGAAGAACAGUUGCUGCAUCCCCAUUUGAAUAUAACUUGAAGAUGGAAGAUGUGGAGGCAUUCUUUGGUCAACAUGCCAAGGUCAAUAGUGUUCGUCUGCCCCGGCAUGUUGGAGACAAAAGGUUCUUCUGUGGCACCGCCCUCAUUGAGUUUUCAUCAGAGGAAGAUGUAGAAAAAAUUUUGAAACAAAAACUGGUCUAUGCUGGGGCUGAGUUAGAAUUAAAACCAAAGAAGGAAUUUGAUGUGGAGAGAGAAAAGGAAAAAGAAGAAUUUGAAAAAUCUCGUCCUCCUGUGGGCUCAAAUCACCAGAAUAAUAACUCCAAUGCAGAAGACAACUUCCCUAAAGGCUUAAUUAUUGCCUUCAAACUAAAGAGCAUUUCAGAUGAAGUUCCUUCCAACCAAGGUGGUGCUGAUCAACUGGCCAUUGGCAAUGGCAAUGGCCACAAAACAGAUGGGACAAAUCCCACUGAAGUUGCUGCUGGAGAAAGUGAUGAAAAGGUAUCAGAAAGUGCUGAGGAUGACAAAGAAAAUAAUGAGGAGAAAGAAGGAAAGGAAACUGAAAGUGAGGAAAAAGAAGCUGAAAGUGAGGAAAAGGAAACUGAAAGUGAAGAAAAGGAAACUGAAAGUGACGAAAAGGGUCUAGAAACUGAUGAAAAAAUUUCACCCCCUGCUUACAAGGGUGACAAGAAUGUUGUUUCGCGUGAGGAUUUGAAGGUUAUCUUUCAGAAGUUUGGUACUGUGAAGUUCAUUGAUUUCACGAUUGGAGAUGAGUCAGGAUACAUCCGGUUUGAAGAAGCUGAAGCUGCUCAGAAAGCUCGUGCUGCUGCGGUACUUACUGAUAAGGGUGGCUUGCCUGUGAAGAAUUUUGUUGCUAUCCUAGAUCCAGUGACUGGUGAGGCUGAAAGAGAAUACUGGAGCCUUCUCCGCAAAAACCAAGACAAGAAGUACCGCGAGUUUAAGGGUAAUCGAGGAAGGGGAGGAAGGCAUGGUGGUAGAGGAGGAAAACAUGCACGCUCUAGAGAUAAUGGAUCACGAAAUCGCCCAAACAAAUCUCAGAAAGUUUAAAUACUCUAAAUAGAGAUCAACUUUUGGGGUCUCUUAAGAUUUUGGUUGAAGCUGAAUAUUGUAUGGUAGCCUGAUGUAUUCUCAGCUUAUUAGGUUUUGAUAUCAUUUCAACACACUUCUCUUUAUAAUCUACCAAGUUUUUGUUUCUCUU